GUCUAAUAUUUCCAUCUACUUAUUAUGGCCAAGUUCAUUUCCAUUUUCUUGAUUUCUACAAAGAUAUGCUACAUAUUUAAUUUUGUUUUGGAGAUUCAGGGAGGAAAAAGUUUUUCUGUGCCAGUAAAGGUGCUACGUAUUCCUGCAGUGACAUCGCUAUACGAGAAAAACUGAAAAAUAUCCCGAUAAUUUUGAAACCUGAAUCCGGGUUUCGGAUAUUUCCGAGUCAAAGCGGAAUAGGAUGAUUCAGCGGGAUGAACAAUCUUCCAGCCUUUAUUAGAAAUAGGUCUCUUAAGCAAAAGUACAUAAGAAAUUCUUAUAUUUUUCUGUUACGGUUCUAAAAAUAUUACGGUGCCAUCAAAUUAAAUAUUCUCACAUUGGUCAACGCUAUACGUGUAAGCCGUGUUUGGACUUUUUUGAAGAACGCACAUAUGUAGGUUACAAGUACGAUACUCGAACUGGUAGACACUGGAAAUGGAUAAUGAUAACAAUGUGCGAAAUGAGAAUGACGAUGGAAGAAUAGAGUUAGGAGACGAAGAGAUUGCACUAAGGCGUAAUCAACUUUUGAUGUUCGGAGUGGUGCUACUCGGAAUUUUGUCGAUAUGUUUAGCUGUGUCAAUGCCAUCAGAUUUGGAGUUAAAGAUCGUCAUCCCAUCGGAUGAUGCUAUAGUUGCAGAUUCCUCCUACGACGGUCUGAUUACGCCCAAUAUUCCUGCACUCAUCAACACAACGAAUUCCAGUCGUGUCCAAGAUUUCGGUCUGCAAACCAAAAAUGUGAUUGCUGAAGAAAUUCAUGAUCAUAAUGAUGAUGACGAAGAACGAAUCAAUGAAAUAGUUAAAAUAUUUAUGGAUACCGAAGAAUUUGAAGACUUUAUCAUAGACAUUGAGAUUAUAGAUUCCAUUAAAAGACUGAGGAAAGCCAAGGAUUAUAAAAAACGACAAAAUACCGUUUUUGAUGAUUUAUUUAGGCAAAUUGAAACACAUUUUAUUGGCGAUGACCCCAACGGCGUGAGAAUUAUUCAAAGAGUUGGAGAAAAAUUGGAAGCACGUGCUCGUGACAGAAUUGAUAAAAGAAGAAAAGAUCGCAAUGACAGCCAAAGAGAUUUUAUUGCAAAAGAAAUUUACAACGACUUGGAGCAAGAAGAAGACCUGAGUUAGCGUUUAUUUUUUCAUACAUAUGUCAUACACUUCCGGGACCUGAGAAAAACAUUUUGGUAACUAUAUUUGGUGUCGUUUAAAUUACAAAUACUUUAUGUCAUGUGCAUUUGAAUACUGCGUCUGUACCUUUGUCAAAUUCUUCCUUUUCAGAUGUUGAAAAAAAUAAAUUUGACUUGUAUUCAAGUUUUAAUUUUUA